CGCAUUUUAAAAACAACGCGGGAAGGAGUGUUUCCGGUGAAAACAAAAGAAAAUUACUAAAUUUUGAUAUUCUAACAUUUUCCCAUGUGUUAUCUAUUAAUUUGUCAUAAAUGAUAACGUCUGAUUAAUAAGAAAAAUAGAUUAAUUGAAUUGAUGAACAGUCAAAAUGGCUGAGAGACCAGAAGAUUUAAACUUACCCAAUGCAGUGGUCACCAGAAUUAUCAAAGAAGCUAUUCCUGAGGGUAUAAAUGUAUCUAAAGAAGCCAGAUUAGCUAUUUCUAAAGCUGCCAGUGUGUUUGUUUUAUAUGCUACCUCAUGCUCCAAUAACUUUGCUCUAAAAGGUAAAAGAAAGACUAUAAAUGCUACUGAUGUGAUAUCUGCCAUGGAAGAUAUGGAGUUUGAACAGUUUGUUGAUCCUUUAAAAGAAUGUUUAGAUGUGUUUCGUAAUGAACAGAAAGGGAAAAGAGAAGCAUCACAACAAAGGAAGAAAGAUAGAGAACAAAGUAAUAAUUCUACACUAGAUGGUAGUAAUUUAGAUUUAACUGUAGAAGAUGAUGAUGAGGAAGAGAAAGUGAAUAAUAAUAGUAAAAAUAUAGAACCAGAGAAGACUGACUCUGAUAUAAUGAUUAUUAAUGAUGAAUCAGAAUCUAAUAGUGAAAAAGAUGUGGAAGAAGGUUGAAAAUUGCGUCUGGUUUUAAUUUUUAUUCGUUGAAGGAAAUCCUAUACCUAGGACUGCUAUAAACUUAGUGUUUCCCUCUUUGUUAACAAUUUUCAUGAAUUUAUGCAAAAGUUCAAACUAUUAUGAUGAAUGGGAAAAAAAAAAUGAUUUUCAGAAUUAGGUAGUGAUUUCCACAUUGUUAGCAAUUUUUAUUGUGAUAAUACACAAAAAUAACCCAUCAAAUAAUUAUGAUCUACAAUCAGAAAAGAUUGGUAUGAGCAGCUGACUGAUCUCACAAGUUUUGGUUGUUGAUUUAAACCACUGCAAUCCUAUGUGAACAAAAUCAAGUGAACAGAUCUUCAUAUUGUUACUGAAUUAUUAAAAUUGAGUAUUGAUAAAUGGCAACCAUAUUCUAUAUUUGUGUAAUAAAAUGCAAAAUUUAUAAAAAUUCUAUUCGAUUCAAAACCUUGACUUGGCCAGUGCACUUUAUUUUCAGGUAAGAUAAGCAGUAAUAAAACUUAUGCAAACUUAAAAUAUGUUCUAUAACAGUAUACUUUAGUUUUGUCAUUUGUACCAACUGUAAAUAUUGAAAUAAAAAACAUUUCCGUGUC